AUGACAGAACCACAAACGACUUUGUAUCAUGCAUACCCGCCUCCACCACCACCGGCAAUACAGCCUACGAGGCCAUAUAUCAAAUGGCCACAUCCACGUUCUCUGUUAUGGAAGACAUGGAAUGUCGAUGAUAUUCCGGCGCGACCACCACUCCUACCGAGAAGGAGAGCCGCUGGGAGCUCAUGGAUUUAUGACCUGCCAGAUUUCGGUGCGGACAAGCUGAAGAAGGCGAAAGCUAUAGCUACUGCCUUGGUUGCAAACAAGGCUGAAGCCUGGAGUUCGAAAGAGUCGCUUGCGCUUGUAUCUAAUUCUGAUAUUGUUGAAGAGCCGAGUUCUGGUCCUCCAGAAGCAGAAGCAAAUAUAUCGGACGAUGUUGCAGUACUGAACCCUUCACAUGCCUUGACUGAAGAGAGUGGGGACGCAGGAAUGAAUAUCGACAGUGACAGUGAAGAACCUGACGCACCUAUUUCUGCAGCUACUCUAUCACGUAUCGUGGAGGUUGAGAAGUUAGAGACAACAUCGCUCGACUACGGAAUGGCUGAGUCCCAAGAUAGCCAAGACGAUUCAUACCAAUCAUUAUGGGGCGAAGUCUACAUUUCCGAAUCGUCUCAUCACCAAGCCGAGGACCUUGAAACAUUGUUUCCCGACCCGAUCUCAAGCGAUUCCUCGUCGAACGACUCAUGGCCGAGUGAUGACGAUGACGAGGAGAAUUUUGAGUAUUCCAAUAAUAUUCCCGCAACGGCAUUACCAAUGACGCUACACCCCCUGGAACAAAAUAUCCAUACCCACUUCCCAAGUUGGUACCAGGACACAAGACCGUCUCCUUUAUGGAAUCCCAGGUACCUUAAUAAUCUUUUCUAUUACAAAAUGAAGCUUCCGAUCUGUUUCUGUACUGGAAGGGGGCGGAGAGGCUGGGAAGUUCCUUUGUUGAUGGAGCUAGUACUUUGGUAUGGAAUUACAGCGAAAUUGUAGAUAGAGAACUUCUCGACUAUUCGAGAAGGAUAGGAGUAAAUUGAAAUGCAUACUGUUUCACCCAACUCAAAAGUACGCAGAAAUCAGAGAGAGUGAAAUUCAACAUAACCAGAAGCAUAGCACCCUUGUUAGUCACCUUCGAAGCUGAGCCUUCAAAUCAUUGUGCUAUGGAGGUAGGGAACAAGUUAAUCAAUCAGCCCCCUACCCUCCAUGUAUGAGUGAAUACACCAAAUCAUUGCAAUAAUGAUUUCAACGAGUAACCUCAAAGGAAAAUUCCGCAGGUAAAGAAAAAUUUACAUGAUUUAUUUUGGCGCCAAACUAAUUGAAAGGAAAUCUCCACAUCGGGGCAAGCGUAUGAAAACACAAUGGAUUUGAACCUGAGAGAACCAAGACAUUGACAAGGACAAUAGAACAAGCAAAUAUCAAGACAUAGAGAAUGAUAGUAUUGGGAGGACAAUAGAGGUUCUACACAGGAACAACACGUCAAGAUAUGGUGAUGCAAUAAAGCAAUUGCAGAUAUAAACCCACAAGCCCUCAACUUAUGAAAGACGAUAUUCCAGAAGCAGUUAGAUUCUAGAACAUGGAAGUCAAACCUUCAAACAGGAUGUUUUGAGACAAGGAAUUGGGUAUACGCCACAAAAUUCGAAGAAGAAUAGAGGUAUGGAGGAGGUAUAGACAGUUCUAAAGAUUAAGUAUAAAAAGUGGCAUUUUUACCUCCAUAGAAAAACCACACCUCACGGUCUUCUCGCCUCGCACCCUUACUCACGCUUACUCACUGCCAACAUAGCUACUCACAGUUACCCACAGUUACUCUCAGUCAGUAAUUCAGAAGCCAUGGCCUCUUACGCUACUCCAGGCACCCCUCUCGCUGUCUCUGCCUAUGCGGAGAACAAGCUGAAUGGGAAUACCUACUUUACGCAACGUGGUCGUCACCUCCACUUUACCUGGAACAAAGUUGAAGAAAACUUCUUCUUCGUGCCACUAGGUUCAGAGGGAGCUUCUUCUUUCGAUCCCGCUAACCUCUCACGAGUUCAUCUCGGCGAGGGCCGGUAUUCCAAGGAAGGUGUGUCGUACCACCAACUGACCUCCAACAACCCAAAUAUUCUUCACUUUCGGGUUGACGGUGGUCAGUUUGGAUUCUGGAUUGGACCUGACAAUAAUCGUCGCCUCAAGUUUGCUAACGCGUUCGAGUUCCACGUCCAAGACGAACGCACAUGUCCCGAUGGUUCUUUGGUUGAGCUGGAACUUCUCGGUAGCGGGCAUAUCAAUGCUACGCUAGCCAAGUACCCAAAAGACAGCAAAUCCAAGGGCCCGAUCAUUUGCUGCAAGCAGCCACAUGUGUUUGCCCAGCCAGCCAUUGGUCCAACAACGCCUCUGCCUCCUUCACUCGUUCGACGUGCUUCGAAUGCAGUGAAGGCCGGCAGCAACCGACUCAUCAAGGGUGUCAUUCGACGCAUCACGGGCCAGAAGAAGGGUAACCCCAAGAAGUAA